AAUUUUCAAAUAAACCAUCUUAUAAAAACCCUAUUCUGUACCGCAGCUUCGCCAGAUUAGGGUUUCAUCGGCGUCUUGGCAUCUGCAAGGGUUUGAGCCGCAACAAUGGUUGCCACCAAGAAAACCAAGAAGACGCAUGAGAGCAUCAACAAUAGGCUCGCUCUGGUGAUGAAGAGCGGCAAAUACACGCUCGGUUACAAGACCGUUCUCAAAACCCUUCGUAGCUCAAAAGCGAAAUUGGUUCUUAUCUCUAACAACUGCCCCCCGUUGAGGAAAUCAGAGAUAGAGUACUAUGCAAUGCUUGCAAAAGUUGGGGUUCACCACUACAAUGGAAAUAAUGUCGAUUUGGGAACUGGUUGUGGGAAGUACUUCCGCGUGUCUUGCCUCAGCAUUAUUGACCCUGGUGACUCGGACAUCAUUAAAUCAUUGCCCAGCGAACGCUGAGAAAUCAUAGACACUGUGUUAUGCCUUUCUCUUUUGUAUUUCGUGCGCAUCCCUAAUAUGAGACAACUAUAGGAGAUUUGCACUGAAAUUUUUAUUGUUAAUUUUGUUUGCUGGGUUGCUUGUUUUGGACACCUCUUUGCAGUUUGGAGAAUAUGACAUAAGAUUUUCUGAGAGAGUUUAUUUUCUCUUGAA